CGAUCGUUGUGCCUUAUGUCAGAGUCAGCCUUUUGUCAGUGACUUACUCUUACUGAACUAAGAUGACCAACAGUAGUUACGCUUACGUGUAAAAAUAUUAGUUCCACUAGCGCAAGCCUUUGUCUAUCCCCUAUGGCAUUACCAACUCCAGCUUUCUCCUGAAGAUUGAAGAUAUGAACAGGAUGUUGUGGGAGAUAAGUAAUGAUGUCGUUGCAGAUAGUCUCUUGCGUGACGAGUACUAGCUGAUGUACGUGAGAGUCAAUUACUUGAUGCCUUUUUUUUUCAUCUUCUCGAACAUUGAAAUUUGUUAAGACAACGUCACGUACAACUGGUAGACAAGGAUGGUGUCACUCCCGGGCCCUGAGAUCGCGCGGGCCUACACUGUGCUGGGGGUACAGCGCGAUGCGAGUCCGAACACGGUGCGGCGAUACUACCAUAAGAGGUGUCUGGCGCUUCACCCAGACAAAGCUCCCAAAGACGAUGCUUCGCAGAAUGAAGCAAAGCAACGCUUUCAGGAAUUGCAGGAGAGCUACAACAAAAUCAGUACUGAGCUCACCAAUGCCAAGUUACGUGGGGCGGCAACGGGCGCUGCACCGGGUGGAGCAUCAGCAGCAGGACCACGCUUCAACUCGUAUAACUUCGGUGCACCAGGGUCAUUCGCUCACAGCGCAGCGGCGUUUCACCAACAGGCGGGGUAUGGCCCAAGUGCAUCCACAGCCAGCGCAGGGGCAAGUGGCCCUUACGGGUUUAACCAGUACCACCAGCCCAAUGCGAAUGUUCCACCCCCUUCCUCUGCGUACAUGAACCCUGAUUAUCGCGACCCUUUCGCGAACACAAGUUGGACAGCUGGCGCAUCAAAUACUAACGACACACGACAACCAGCUGGAUCAACUUCCUACUCUUCAAGGUCGACCUCUGCUUCCACCAACAACAACUUGGACGAAAGCGAUGCAAAGCUCGGCCCAAUGGGCGCAAGAGGCCUUGGCCGGUAUUCUAUCUACAAAAACAAAUUGGUGUGAAGUCAUAAUCAUUCAAUCGGAGUUGCACUUCAAAGAGGGGCGUCAGCUACGACCCAGGAACAAAAACAUAUCAUUCCUCUAGGUUUGCUACCUUUGCAUGAGCAAGUACGUGGUCGUAUUUCGCGUAUUGACAAAGUUUCGACGUCUAUUUCUGUCUAGUAGUCCUUUCUUGAUAAUCUCUAGCUUGACAUGAGCAUGAUUCUACCUAUUCCUCAGGUGGGGCCAGACAAAAGCAGCCUCAUCCAGCACAAACGGGGCUGCCUCAUCUUCCUCGAGACCAAAUCACCCGCAAGCAGCUUCUACUUCAUCUUCCUCGUCAACCUCCUACCCCCAGCGACAACAACAGACUACCCACCAACAAGCGGAGAGGACGCCUGCCGCUACCGACCGGACGAACGGAACUGGGAUCCCUAGUUUUCAAUAUCGCGAUACUAGCAAUUUGCGCGAAGAGUUCAUCAGGCCUGGGCCGCGCAACGAAGCAGAGGAAAACGACCAACUCGAGGAAGAUCACCGUCGUUACCAGCAACAACUAAAUCGCAGGGACCGUGAACUGGCGAAAAUGAAGGAGAGGGAAAAAAUGCGGAAGGACAAGGAAAAAAUCCGGAAGGAUAUGCGAGCACGGGAUAUGAUAGUACGCCUUGUGCGUUCACGGGCAGCUUUGAAUGGCGCGAAGUUUGCUUAUGACCAAAGAACCGAAUUUGAGUUUUCCAGCCUCAAUUGGGCCGUGUCAGUAGUUGUUGAUAAACAACCUGAACCUUCAUGUUUAGUACUUUCAGUUCGGCACCACAACUUUCCAUCCUAUUGUAUGUGGCCACUUUUCGAUUCCUGGAAUACAAUACUGUCGGACCUUGUCACUUUGCUGGUCAAAAAUCGCUUCAAUGUUCCGGCAGUAGCAUUGGAAGGAACCCGAGAAGUGGGAUCCCAUUUUUUGCGGAUUCUACUCGUGUUGCGGUGUUUCCAAUUUUUUGCUUUUGUCGGCUCAGGUCUUUCCUGAUGCUGAGCACGAAAGAGCCUAGCUGCUCGGGGCGUAAUAAUUGUUACGCCCCGCUGGUCUGUGAUUUUUUAGUGCAGCAAAUUUGUCGGCGUGUAAUAAUUAUUACGCCCUGCAGUUAUAGGAAUCCUGGCAACGAUUCCGACAGUAGCAAACCGACAGAAUUGAAAAGUGGCCACAUACACCUAUUUUUCAACUCAAGAACACUCAAUUGAACUAGAAAUAAGUUUGCACGUCUCAUCCAAGAAGGAGUGAUGUCAUCAACAUACUCAGGAUCAUUAAUAGCUCUUGCUUCCUUGUUACUUGAACUUCUGGCUUUGCUUCCCUCCUACUUCUUUGGGUUUCUUAACUGUGGUCGACCGUUUGUAUUUCGGAACUAUUCCACGUCCACCCUUGCCAUGCCGAAGCCUAUCCAUCUUCCCUGUUCCACUUUCAUAGUCUGCUGAUUCCGACGGAUUUUUCGCAGUCAGAUGCUAUGGUGAUUCCUCCGGAGACGAAAAAUGCGCACAAACCGCAAUACACCAGGCAACUCGCAAGGAACAAUAUGCGUGUGUCCAACGUGCAUUUCUUUGCGACUCCAAGCAAAAACGACGAGUCAAAGCUCCUCAUCGAAGACAGGUCAUCGAACGGUACCAUGAUAAACGGCACACGGAUUCCCGGAAGGAGCAUGAAAAUGGGAAAGGCUGAGCAUGGCGACACGGUCACCGUCGGUAAAAAUCUUCAUUCUUGCACAUUGUUGGAGGUGUUAUUUUUAAGAGUAAGUAGCUCUAGUAGACGAGCAAAGAAUUAUAGUAGAUUAGGAUUGGCGAACCUGUUGAAUAUGAAUCAUAGACCCUUGAUUCUUAAUUGGGUUGUUGUGAGGUUGAACGUUCAUUACGCAUCUGCUGGGUCAAGCCUUCCUUCGACCUGUUGGCACACGGAACAACACAAUUUCAGGUGCCGCCAAGCCAAACAUCGAUCUGGUCGUGGAUUACGAUCCCCAUGGAAAGAAAUUUGACACGGCUGACGCGAUGACUCUUUUCACUGGAUUGGAGAAGAUGGAGAUCACUCGUGAAUUCCUAGCACGAUCAGGGUUGGCGCGCGAGAUACGCAUGUGGCUACAUUGCCCCCCGAUAACAAAGGGUAAGUUUCCAGAGGUCCAGCGAAGAGCGGACCACAUAUUCAAAACCUGGCGAGAAAAGUGUGCUGGAACCGCGUCCUCGUCAAGAGCUCCCGCACCCGCAAAAGAAAAUGAGGUCGUCAACGUCGAGGACAGUGAGGACGAAGAUGAAUAAAAGUCCCGGAUUUUCGAUGCAGCAGCAAUUGAAUGUUGUUGAAGACAGAUUCACGACGUUCUCAACGAAGUGCGGACUGGGAGGCUCUUUUUUUAGAGCGGAGCUUAGGCAGUAAAAAGAAGUUGAUCCUUGUUGCAAGAAAGAACUGCUCUAGCGCUCCCCUUACAGUGAACCGCUGGCGUACUUUUCAUCAUGAUCUACCUCGAGGACGCUGGAAGGUACACCACGGCGACGGAGCUUGAGGUUGAUGACAUAGAUUUAGAUAUUGAUAGUGCCCCUUACUUUAUCAGUAAUCCUGAAAAUAAUAGUUUGCAGUUCUUUCCGCCCGCUUCUGCUUAGCCAUUUUUGACGAUUUUCCUCCUCCUUGCAAGUGCAGCGCAGUAUGACCACACGCAUAAAUACUGUCCCAAAAGAAGAAGGCCACUUCCCCUACAGCAAGCCCCAGCUCGAAGCGAUCGAUCCACCACUCCGGGGCUAGUACUACUGCAAAAGCAUUGCUGGUCUUCUCGUUCUCGACCAAAAAAGCGCCGUUUGCAACAGUUGAUAGAUUGACAACAGAACUCUGUAGGAUGCUAAGUUAUCAAUAGAUGCAAGAAAAAGAUCAAUGGCCUUCAUCAAUGAGCAUUACAAAAGACGCCGUGGUCAUUUAGAAACAGUAC